GCACAAGAUGGGGAACGAGUCGAGCCGGCCCGCUGUGGACCCCGCGGUCCAGGCGCAGGCAGACGCCAAGACGAUCCGCCGCAUGGACAAGGUCAUCCGCAAGAAGGUUCGAGGCGGCCUGACGUACAACAUGAAGCUGCUCAUCCGCGGCGAGCGGGGCACGGGCAAGACGUCGCUCAUGGCGCGCCUGCAAGGCCAGCCGAUUCCGCCGACGCACGAGCCGACGCGCGAGAUCCAGACGGCGUCGAUCCAAUGGACGAUGCAGACGCACGAAGACACGGUGAAAUGCGAGCUCUGGGACGUCGUCGACGUCGGGAUUCCGUCCGAGGACCCGAUCGAAGCGCCGUCGCCGGACGCCGUUGGCCGCCACCCCGUGGCCCUUGUCGACGCGCAGGCCGUCGACGUCUACCAGAAUGCGCACUGUGUCAUCUUCCUCAUGGACAUCACCAAGUACUCGACGCUCGAAUAUGUGCGCACUCAGCUCGACCAUGUGCCCGUGCAUAUUCCAACGCUCGUGCUUGGGACCUUUCGCGAUCUCCGGAAAGACGACGUGGCGCUCAAGCGCGCAAUCUUCAAGGACGACGUCCAGACGCUGCUGUACGGCAGCCACAAAGACCACAAGCUGCCCGGCUUUCGGCGCCCGUCCGAGAUGCACUACUUUGAAGCCUCGCUCUCCAACUGCUAUGGCUUGAAGGCGCUGCAUACAUACCUUGGCGUCCCGUUCCUGCACCUCAAGGUCGCUACUGUCAAGCAGCAGCUGCGGCUUCUCGAGACGGAGCUUGCGAGCACGAAGGCCCAAGUCGAUGUCUCGAUCGCCGGCCAAAAGUACAGCGACUUUGUCGCCAACUUGGCGGGCGCGGACGUCAAGACUGGCCGCCGUGUCGCAGCACCCGUUGCCGCCGCGGCGUCCGAGCCGCUUAAAGACGACGAGCUCGAGGAUCUGCCCGAACGCGAUGGCGGUGCCGACGGUGCGGCGAGCCCGGUGCCACUCCGGAUGGUGCACAAGGCUCCGACACCGACACCGACGCCAGCACCCGUCGCCGUUGUCGCUGCACCGGUGGCCAAAGCACCGGCCAAGGCAACGACCACCAAGGCCGACGCGCCGCGCACGUCGUGGAGCAAGAACGAGACGCUAGAAGACUUUACCGUCAAGACGGACAUGGACAAGUUUUACUCGUCGGACGACGACAGCGGCGACGGCACCGAUGAAGACGUUGUUGUGCCCACCAGCGUCGUGGCGCCCCGCGUCUUCCGCAAGCAAGACUUCAUCUACAGCGACUCGGACGACGACGACACGGCCAUGUACGCACGGCCCAAGACGUCGUCCGCAAAGACGUCCAAGAAGAAGAAGAUGUCGGCGACCAAGAAACCCGCGUCGCCGCCGCCAAAAGCUAAACCUGCCAAAACGACAGCCGCUCCGCCAGGCUCCCCCGUGAAGCGCCCCGUGUCGCCCAAAGCGCCGGCACCCAUCGUCGAGGCGCUACCAAAGCCAGAGGUCGUCGCUGUCGUGGCCGCAGCACCGUCGCCCAAGGCAGCGUCGCCGCCGGUUGCCGCGUCCGACUCGGACGACGACACACCGGUGCCCGUCAACGUCCCGGCGUACAUUACACUACCGCGCCGCGCAUCGGCCGAGAACAUAGCAUUGCUGUCGAUUUGGACGACGGCCACCAACUCGAUCGAGUUUUCCGAUGACGACGACGACGACGACGAUGGUAAGGCCCCUGGUCCCACAGUCGCCGACUUGCCGCCUGCUGUGCGUUCCACGGCCUCGAACGACGAUUGCGACGUCAGUGUGCGGACGUCGGUGCAAGGGCAUGCGUCAAGCAGCGAUGGCGACGGCGCGGAAUCCCGGCGCAUCGAUCUCUCCGACUCGGUGGACGAAGCACCGUUGCCAUCCCAGCCGGUGGUGCUGGACGAUUCGGAGCCGGAAGACAAGGCGCCGACACCGCAUGCGAUCCCACGGGGCGAUGCGUCGGACGACGAUGAGGACCUCGUGCCAAGUCGCCCGGUCGUCUUCACCGACUCGGAAGAAGACACUGCGCCGCUGCCGACACGACCAGUGGUUUUGAGCGACAGCGAUGACGAUGCCGACGUUGCCGCACCGAUGCCGAGUCUGCCCGUCCCAGCAAUGGUUUCCAGAAAUUUCGACGACAAGCGGUCGAUGGUAGCAGACGUCGGUUCCGACGACGAAGCCCCGUUGCCGUCACGGCCGAUUGUUUUGGACGAGGAUUUGGACGACGACGCGCCGUUGCCGUCACAGCCGGUUGUCUUGGACGCCGAUUCGGACGACGAGCCGAGACCGACAUCCGGGUCGUUGGGCCUACCGUCGCUGCCCAUUGUGAACGUGAUCACGUCGCAGCCGUCGCCAGUGGUCCUCGCCAAGCCCGUGGUGAAGAAGACGCCGACGGCACGGAAAGCCAAGAUGGUCGUCGCGAUGAGUGACGACGACGACUCGGAUGCGCAUCCCGUGUCGGCGCCGGUGGUACCUCCUGCCCGCCGCCGCAAGGUGUCGAGCAGCGACGAUGAUACCGGCGACUUCAAGGUCGAGAAGAGCAGCACGACGAGCUUCUGGGAUGCCAAGGACGACGAUGACGACGAAGAGACGAAGGAGAUUGUCUACACGCGGGCACCUCGCAAGGCGCGGGCAGCCAUGCCAGCGCUGCCAGCCGCCUUCUCGGUAACGUCAGCGCCGGCGCCCGUCCAGAUGAACAGCAGCGUUUUGGCGGCGAUCGAGGAAGCCAAGCGCGCAGCACUCGCCAUGCUAGCCGAACCGUCGCCGUCGGUCGCCGACGCGCCAGUGUCAUUUGCGGCGCCGACCAAGCCGUCGCGGGUCAAGACCAAGAAGUCGGAAAAGCCCAAGAAGGAGAAGAAGCCCAAGAAAGCCAAGAAACCCAUGACCGUGCUCGAUAGCGACUAACUUUUGUCUAAUUAUAGUCGUGGAAAGGCCGCCAUGUUGCCCUUUUGAGUUUGCACUUC